AGGGAGUGCUCAGGAACAAUUCAGAUCAUUAGGAAUAUGCUUGAAAAAUCUUUUAGCGAAACGCAGCUGGACUUGCUCAGAAAAGGACCAUCCUUGGAUCUGUGGGGUGAGCCCUCAUCUUUCCUUUGCACAGCACUGAGCUACAGCGCAAAAUGCUGGCUUCCUUCUAUGUGUGAGCACGCCUGAGCUGUAGGACACUGUGGGCUCCUGCUGCAGCAUCAUGGAAAGCACUGAUCACCACAUCACAGAGUGAGCACAUCUGAUCCUGCAAUGUGAAAUCCCAAGGAAAUGAAUGGGCUGACUGGAUUUCAGUGCAGGACUGAGACUGUAUUGCGUAAAUCCAUCAAUAAAGAUGUUGCCAGCCAAGCUUCAAUUAAGGACCUUGAUGGCCUCCGAGAGAGCCCUCCGUUGACUGUCCUCCUCCGUGCAUUUCAGAAUGAGUGCAUGAAAAUCUGGUCCCUCCUUCGCAGUGGGAAGUUCUCCUGUCACACUAACAGGCAGCCCAUCAGAGGACCCGAUGGCAGGAGGGACCUCAACAAGUGCCUGAUGUGCCAGCGGCUGCUGGAAAGAUACUCCAGAAACAAAGGGAGUGGUGAAGAAGCAAACAGGAACGUGAACUCUGGAGAGGAUGAGUGCCGGGAGUUCCGGGAUCUGUUCAAGAAUGGGAAGCUUUCCUGCACGAGAGAGAACGAUCCCGUCCGGGAUUCCUCGGGGAAGCAGCACAGCAACAAGUGCAUCAUGUGCGCAGAGAAGUUCAAAAGGGAGAAUGAGCAGAAGGCAACUUCAACCAGAGGGAAACAAAAGGAUGACUGCAGUGAGUAUCGUUCCCAGUUUGAGGCUGGCGGGCGGCUGUCCUGCACACGGGAGAACGACCCUGUCCGGGAUUCCUCCGGCAAGCAGCACACCAACAAGUGCCUCAUGUGUGCCGAGAAGCUCAAAAAAGAAGCUCAAAGAGGAGGUCAGUCUGGAACUGCCCAGCGCAACAAACAGUCUGCUGCAGAGUGUGCAAACCAGAGGAGCUGCAGUGGCUCAGGGUUACAGCAGGGUAUGAAUGAGAGACGGCCAUUCUCCACAAACAGAGGCCCACAAGGAAACUUGGCUCAGGACUGCAGCCCGGCACCUGGCCGCCAGGGACAGAGCGGAGGCACCAACACCUACCAGCCGCUGGACUGUGAUCGAAUUCUGCACGGGGUAAAGGGUGGAAGGAUUUUCUGCAGCGAAUCCUCACAACCCGUCUGUGGCACUGAUGGGAAAACAUACAAAAAUGAAUGUGACUUGUGUUCAGCUGCCAUGAGAGCAUCAGUUUACAUCACGGUAAACUAUCGAGGUGAAUGCCGAAAGACUGUCCCUGAAAUGAAAUAAUGGAGUUCAGACUGCCAGCAAAUACCAGGGAUCAGCUGUGACCAAAGGACAAGUAAAGGAAGAUCUGAUGUCAAGCACCAGGGAAGCUGCUGAGUUCCCAGUGCUGUUGGAUUCACCUUCAUCCCCUUCUGCAGCCAACAGGCCUGUACUUGCUCAGGUGGAGGGUGAAGGGCUGUGGGGACCCAGUGGUGGCUUCCCGCGUUGGCCCCACGCAUGUUGUUGUAGUCGCUGCUCGGCUCGGGCUCUGCCGCCUCGCUGUGUCUUAGCAUGUUUCUACAAUAAAGAUAACUCCACAG